AUGGCUAUAUAGGGAAACACUAAUUUGAAGUCUAAUCCAAAUAACUUUGAGGUUAGAAAUGAUAAAAGUACUUCCUUUAAGGAUAAUACUAGACCUCCUCCUUCUGCAGUAGAGAAUAGUGAAAAUUUAGAAAAUAUAGAGUCUAAAAUCAACAAUAUAGCUGACAGUAUCACAGGAGUUGACUUCUAAAUAAAAACAACACUAGAUAAAAAACUAAAAAUUGAACAAGAACUAGAUAAAGGAAUUGACGAUAACCUUGCGAAGGACAUUGAAGCACAAGAAGUAAAACUUAAUGAAUAUUCUAACCAGAGAAAUAAUCUUAUAUAAUCCAAACAAUAAUUGGAGUCAAAAAAUACAAGAAUCUAAUAUGGAAAAGUAGUAGAUGACGGAUAAAUAGUUAAUAAUAAAGACACUUACUAUGGUAGUAUAGAAAAUAUGAAAAAUCAAGCAAAUUAAAUCUAGAAAGUAGAUAAAGAACAUGAAGAGGGUAGGAGAGCAGUUUAGGCUAUUCAAUAUGAUAACUCCAAGAAGGCUGAUGAUUUGAUUGAGUAAAUGAAGAAAAAGAAGUAGAUGAAUUAAAAUAAUCCUAAUGGAGCAAGCUCUAAUCAAAAUUUGAGCAAUCAGAAUUAAAGCUAGAUCCAAAUGAAUUAGUAGUUUAGUAGUGGGUUAGGAGGAGGACUUCCUUAAAACUAUCAGUUGAAUGAUCCAUCUCAAAAUUUGAAUCCUGGUCAAAAUGUAGUUCAUCAACCAAUGAUAAACGCAAAUGGAGGAGUCCCUAUUAAUGUUAAUGUCACAGUUAAUCAAAAUGGCCAGUAAAAUAAACUUGUUUGA